GAGUAAAAUGGGGGCUAUGAAUAGAAUCACUCAUAUUAUUAUUGUGUAAGAGACCAUAAAUAUCAACAGCCCAAAUUGAAAAACUAUUGCAAUGAUAUAAGAAGCCCAAAUAAUAUAAAAGCUCAGAUAGAGCAAUUAAAAUUGGAUCGCAGCCCAUUUUGCAGAGCCCAUUUUAGCUUUAGGGUUUUGCCCUAUUUUAGCAUUCUUUUUCUGCGUCUGUGUAAUUCUUGCCUCCCCUCCCCUCUUGUCUACCCCACCCCGUCGGACUCCUCCUGCGGAGCGCACCUGAAUUUCGUGAAAAUGACUGCAGAAGCUGUGAACCCGAAAGCAUACCCGUUGGCGGAUAGCCAGCUCACCAUGACCAUUCUCGAUUUGGUUCAGCAAGCAGCAAAUUACAAGCAGCUCAAAAAGGGUGCUAAUGAAGCAACUAAGACUCUGAACAGAGGGAUUUCUGAAUUCGUUGUGAUGGCUGCUGAUACUGAGCCCCUUGAGAUUCUUCUUCAUCUUCCACUUCUUGCUGAAGACAAGAAUGUGCCGUACGUGUUUGUUCCAUCCAAGCAAGCUCUUGGUCGGGCGUGUGGAGUUACCAGACCAGUGAUUGCCUGUUCCGUGACGAGCAAUGAGGGAAGCCAGUUGAAAUCUCAAAUACAGCAACUGAAGGUAAUAUAUGACUACUUUUAUACAAAAAAACAACCUGGACUCUUGAAUUUUUUCUAGUUAUUUGACAAGAUGGUAAUUCUUGGAUGAUUUCUUGGUAACACAGGACGCCAUUGAGAAGCUCCUGAUCUGAUUGUGUAAAGCCUUAUCCAGCAUGAUGGGCCUCUGGAGCAACUCUGAGGCUUUGACUGAGUGAGUUUGGGAUUGUCUCGCCGUCGUUUUGCUUAUCUCUUGGACCUGUCUGUACCUUAUUCAUACUAGUUUAUGUACCAUUGUCACAUGAGAACUUGUUUUUAGUUACUUGUUAUGAGGAUUCCCUUUUGAUAUUGAGUGAAAUUUCUGCCUUGUGGAUUUUUGCUA